AUGCUCGAGUUGUUGGAGAUUCGCGCCUAUGCCUACUCAAUACAAGGCAAGCUUUACUCAGCCAUUGCAGAUACACAACGAAUGAUCGGGUACGCCCCAAUAUCAUCCAUUGGAUAUCUUUGUAAAGCAAAUAUCUAUGCUACGUACGGAUAUCAAAUACGUGCAAUCGAGGCAUACGACGAGGGACUGAAACAUUCUACAGCAAGUUCACAUCCCUGCACAGCAAUAUAUCAUCAAUGGUGCCAUGAAGAGCUCGAAGACGCAAGAGCAAAAGCAGUGGCGCGCAAUGAUAACCGUAUCGAUAUUAUCGCGAAAUUAACCAGUGGAAGUUGCACAUUCCAUUCUAGCACGACUCUCUCAAGCAAGCGAUGGCACAUGCUUGUAUGUUUCAAACGUCUGGUGGAAAUUGAUAAUGAGCUGCGCUGA